CUGUUUCCAUCCGUGUCCGGUGGCGCUGGCUUUCCUGAGCGGCGGCAGAGCCCGAGCCCGAACCGGGGCCGGAGCCGGGAGCCCGGGCUGCCGGGGAGGGCGCGAAGGCGACCCAAGAUCAUCGCCUCACCUGGCCCGGGAUGUGCGGCGCGGUCCGGCUCGGGGCGCACGGAGGUCCCCAGCCCCGCCGCGGUGUCUGAGCCGCAGCCGGCCCCCGGCGCCCCAAGCUGAAGACCAGGCUCUCCGCUGGCCCCUGGAGCAUGCCCACACUCCUGCCCAAUGAUCCUCUUGCAGCACACCGGACUUCCUUCCCCUGAGCAGCUCUCACCCCCUCUUCCUAUGUCAGUGGCUACCAGGUCAAGAACCACCUUUCUGCAGAGACCUCUGGGGCUGGAGGCCACUUUGCCCCUGGCCAGGGCACAGGAGCUCACUCGAGCUGGGGCGGUGGAGCAGGAUUUUGCACUGGAGGAACUAUGUAGGCCUCUGUAUUGUAAACUCUGUAAUGUCACCUUGAACUCAGCCCAGCAAGCUCAAGCUCAUUAUCAGGGUAAAAAUCAUAGUAAGAAACUCCGGAAUUACUAUGCGGCAAGUUGCUGUCCACCCUCUACCAGAAUGAGCAAUAUAGUAGAGCCUGUACCCCCUCCUGUUGUGCCAGCUCCCCCCCAGGUGGAUGUCUCUAAGCCUGGUAGCAGAGUGAUCAGGGCCACAGAGAAUGAUUACUGUAAGCUCUGUGAUGCUUCAUUUAGUUCCUUAGCUGUGGCUCAGGCUCACUAUAAAGGGAAGAAUCACGCCAAGAGGACAAGACUUGUGGAGGCCCAGAACAACCUGUCCCUGGAUUCAUCAGAGGUGAGUCAAAGGAGGAGCCGGAAGGAAGGGAAUGAAUAUAAAAUGAUGCAGAAUAGGAGGAAUGCACAUGCUCUUCAGAAUAACACAGGGCCUUACUUCAAUCCCCGAUCUCGACAGUGGAUUCCCCGUGACCUUGCCAUGUGUGUCACUCCCAGCGGUCAGUUUUAUUGCUCCAUGUGUAAUGCCGGGGCUGGUGAAGAGAUGGAGUUUCGGCAGCAUUUAGAGAGUAAACAACAUAAGAGCAAGGUGUCUGAGCAGCGGUACAGGAAUGAAAUGGAGAAUCUGGGAUACUUAUAGUGAAUUCCCUCACUCUGAUUGUCAUUUUAGAUAAAGCAGUUUGUCUUGCCUGCUUCUUUUGCCUUCUGUCAACCUGUCCUGCUUUGUGGCCAUUUUUGACAUGAAUACAUGCCUCUGCUUUUGUGGAGAUCUCUGCAAACCUAACGAUACUUGGAGGUGUUAAAAGAAUGAGCUUUUUGGGUCAUGAUGGGUUUUUAGGUUAGUUUUAUUCAGCUAAUCUUCAGAAGGCACUUGGCCUUACCAGAUGGGAAGUAGCUUUGGAAAUUGACUAGAUGCAGGGAAGUGUAAGUUUCAGUUCUCCGUGCCUUUAUGUGGGCUACCAUCUUGGUGCAGUAUGACUAGGAUGAUUGGUAAAAAUGGUUUCAGAGUCUUUCCUGACACUUUAAUUCCUAUUAUAAUGUGAUCUCUUCAUAGAACUACAAGGGUAUGCCACUGUGUGAAUUUCACUGAACUCCCGAACAUCUAAUCCACCCUCUUUGUGGCCAAGCUUCAUUUCCAUGUCUGAUCUCUGCCUGCCUUUCACCUCUUUACCACUAUUUUCUGCUUGAUAGAUCCAUAAUUUUCAACUUUAAUCAGCUUCUUUUUAUGUAGUUCUCAGCUGUGCUAUGGGUGUCUUGAGGUCCAAACAACUUUAAAUAACCUCUGAGUUUUUAAAAAAUGUUAAAGUGUGUGUAUGAAUGAUAGUUUUCAAUCUAAGGAUCAUAUUAUGUUGUAUAAUAACAUGAACUUAUGUGGGGGUUCCCUGUCCUAAGAUUUGAACUAUUUCAUGGAUAUUAUGAAUGAUUUCAUUCUCUCCCUCUAUAUUUUCUAGGCUAAACCUAUUCAGUGUUCUAAGGGGUACUCACAAUGUCGGUUCUGUAAAUAAAGCAGGAUAAAAAAAAGUUUUUUAAUUUUCACCAUUUCUGCAUUUAAAUACAUAGUGUUUGGUUAUCUUUCCUUUUAUACUUUAUCUUCUCUGGAAUGACUACAAUCAUUCUAGAAUAUUGUGCAUGUCUGAUCAUCGAAUUAGGCAUCUCCUUGCACCUUCUCUUCCUUGUAUGACUGCUUCCUGCUUUCUCUUCUAUAGGUGCUUGGGUAACCUAUGUAGUGCUUUGUAGUGUUGGGCGAAAUUGUAUACUUCAUUUCUCAGAAAGACGGUAUUGUUGCUACUUUUUUCUAACCUUUUGCUCCUUUUAAAUUAAAAAGGGCCAAGGCUAAAAAUUCCUUUAAAAGACUAUUUCUCUGUGAAUUUUAUUUUAGUUUGUAUCAUUUGUCCAAAUUUCACCUUUUGCUGCUUAUUCAGUUAAACUGCCCCUCAGCAUUUCUUGUAAUUGUCCUCACCCUUCUCCAUUUUCCUUCAAGUAGAAUAUGAGAUCAAUUUCAGAGUACUGUAGUUUCUUCAUUUUUAUACUUGAACUUGGGGACAAUUAGAUGACAGCUAAGAGACUUGCUUUCUAUGAAAAAUGGUAGAAGUAUCAAGGGAUAGGUAUUUCAUUCUAGAGAUGGGAGGACAAUUAACUCUGUGACCGCUUAGAGGUCUGCCUCAAAAAUGAGCAAUUGAGGGUUAUUUUAGGUCUUUCCCAUUGACUGUAAAUUCUUUCCUUUGCUGCUCAAGGUCUCUCUAUGUAAUAUCCCUGUGCUGGCAAUUUAAUUCUGUGAAUCUGGAAGUUGUGUCUUCUGUUAUUAUGUCAGGAUGUUCAGUUUUUGUUUGAAGUACCAGGAAGAACUUGCUUCUUAUUUCAGAACUCUAUAGAGAAAAUGCUGGAUGCUGAUUUUAUUUUCCAGAAGUUGGUUUGCACUCUUCUUUAGUCAUGCAUUUGUUUUGUUUGUUUUUGUGAGGCAAUUGGGGACUCAGUAGCCUUUAAGGUCUCUCUCUUUUUUUUUUCUUUUUCUUUUUUUAAUUUCUUUUCUUUUUUUUUUUGGUGGGGCAAUGAGGGUUAAGUGACUUGCCCAGGGUCACACGUCUAGUAGGUGUCAAGUGUCCUGAAUCCAGGGCCAGUGCUCUAUCCACUGUGCCAUCUAGCCGUCCCCAUUUGCAAAUGAAAUAGAAUCGAGUUUUGGUCUCUAACCUUCCAGCUGCUCCAUACACUAGGAAUAUACUUAUAUUUUCUUUCUACUUGUGUGACCUUAAAUAAGCAACUUCCCCAUAAAACCUAUGUUUCUAAUUUGUAAAUGAAAGGAUGACCCUACAUGGCUUAAGGAUGUGGGCUCCCAGUGGUAUUAAUGACCAUUAGGAGCCUCGUUUAAAAAAUUUUUUUUUAAAAAGAAAGUUGGAUGAAAGACAUUAGCUCUUGCUAGCUAUAAUUUCUUCCUAGCUAUAAUUUCCUUGCACUAAAAGAGAGCCAGCAGUUUGGGCAUAUAACGAUUGCCUGUAACUAUUCCAGUCUUACUCUUUCAGACUCCAGAGUCUUUCUGCCUUCACCACUCACUGUCAUUCAUUGUGGUUCCAUUCCAUGCCCAUUGGAAGAAUCCCUAAGAUAGAUUCCAGUUUAGAAUUUGUUUUUGCAAUGAAUUACACGGUGUGAUAUUUUAAAAGGAGAAUGACCAAAGUUACCAGGGAGCAUAUCUUGGAAUUAAUACAGGUUUGCACAAUAGUUGUAAAUUCUUAUGCUUGCACCCCUCCUUUCCAGUGACUAUUCCCUUAGGUCAUGUAGCCUCUUGGUGGUACUUUGUUUUUGUUUUUGUUUUUUUGAUGAGGCAAUUGGGGUUAAGUGACUUGCCCAGGGUCACACAGCUAGUAAGUGUUAAGUGUCUGAGGUCAGAUUUGAACUCAGGUCCUCCUGAAUCCAGGGCUGGUGCUCUAUCCACUGCGCCACCUAGCUGCCCCCCUCUUGGUGGUACUUUGAGCAAUGGGAUGAGAGAUUUGCUGGGUUUUCUUUCUUUCUUUUUAAAACUGAGCUCUGACUUACUACAAAAUGCUUUAGGGUUUCAGUCCUAUUGCUUUCCAGAUUCAUAAUAGUAUUUGUGGGUUAUGUGUAUUCAUGUGUGUGUGUGUGUAUUUGUAUGUGAGCAUAGACUCACACAUAUGGUCUUUGUGAAAGGUCUAAAGCCCUGGAAAUGUUUAAUUUGAGGUAUCCUUAAGUUGAGGCCUGUGAACUUUUAAAAAAAUAUAUUUUGAUGACUAUAUUCUAAUUUAAUUGGUUUCCUUUGCAAUCCUAUUAUGUAUUUUAUAUUCUCCAUUAAAAAAAAAUACACACAGACACACACCAUUAUUCUAAGAAAGGGUCCAUAGUUUUCACCAGAUAGCCAAAGGUGGGACCUUUGAAAAAAAAAACACCAAAAACAUUAAGGGCAACUGGUUUAGUCAAAGAAAGUCAGUAGAUUUCAAGGGUCAUCUGAAAGAAUGGAAAAACAUUUUGAAUACAGAGAAUUUGUGUUCAGAAAUUGGCAUUAGGAUGUAAUGUUUUCACACCUCAGCUGCUGUUCAUUGCAAGAUGCUAAGGCCUCCCAGUUGUCAAAUGGACUGGCCCAUUUAAAUGGCUAGAUCAUUGACAUUUUUUCAAAAGGACAGAAAACCACAUGUAUUAUGUAAUUCAGUCUCCUCUACCUAAAAGGGGAAGUAACUAAAGAUUGUGUUCUUCUUUUGGAUAUCAAAUGCUUUAUUUAGCAGGUUGUGACGUCCAUAUUUCUUGUGUCCAUGUUGUUUUGUUUCCUUGUCCUUCCUGGCUGAAGUGAAUUUUGUGAGUUGCCCAGGGAGCUUUUCUGAAUCCUAUAUUGUUUCCUUAGGAAAAACAUUUCUGUCUUGGUUUUUCCUUAUAACUUUAGCUGCUAAAGCUGUCUUAAGAUUUUUGGGAAUAUAAUGGCCGAGAUGAAGAGUUAUGGGUUUUUUUAGCUCAUUUUUGUAUUGUGCAAAUUAAAUGGCUAGAGUUUCUAUUCCAUGGAACCUUCUUAUAGAUCAGUUAGUCAGUCCAGCAUUUAUUAAAAACUUACCAUGUGCCAGAUACUGUGCUAAACCCUUGGGGUACAGAGGCAAAAACGAUCCUUGAAGAACUUCCAUCCUAGAACAGGGGCUUCAGACCUAUUUAAAUGAGCAUAAACAUUGCACAAAUGGAUAAAUGAUCCUCAAGAGCCUCCUGUAAAGUGGAUGGCCCUACUGCCAGCUUGAAGACAGAGGAAAGCAUCCCUCAUGCCUAUAUUUAUACCUGUUCUCCUUAGAUGAGAAGUCAGGGAAUUUUGAAGUCAUUUGCUUCUUCAGAUUUGAGUUUUGCACUUCUAAAAGUAAAGUUUGAGAGGCCAGAUUGGAGGUACAAGAUGUGAGAACUCGGUGUUAUUGGUUCACAUUAUCAGUUAUACUGAUUAGUAUGAGCUUAAUGGGAAUGUGCAGGUGGAAAUAAAAAAAAUGACUAACCUACAUGCUUAAAUUUAUUAUCUUUAAAAAAUAGUCUGAUCUUUCUUCCUGAAGUUCACAAAUAAUAAAAAUAUUUUUUAAAAAAAUUAUCAUUGAAGGGUAACCUGGCUUAGUAUAUGGAGGCUGGCCAAAAGAACCUGGAUUCAGGGCCUACUUUUGCAUGCCCUGGCUUUGUGGCCCUGCACCAGAGACUUUGGGGCCUCUUUGCUUUAAACAAAUGUCGAAGAUUAUAAAUUGUCAGUCUCAGUUGGGAGAGUUAGUUUCUACACCCAACGUCCCAUAUGCAGAUGAAAUCACAGGUUUGGGGACCCCUACCCCCCAAAUUGUACUAGCUCUUCAUUUGAAUGUUGAGUUUCUUCUUUACCAGUUCCCAGACCUUUGUUUAAAUGGUUUCUCAAAAAACUGCUAAUGUCCCCCAGAUUGGUGAUUUCUCCUUAUUUUGAAGGGGAAGGCUCAUUCAGGAGUCCCUUUUCCCAUGUAGGAUAGUGAUAAAGAUCACACCUGUGAUUUCACUGGUCUAGAGAGUAGCCAGGUGAGGAAAUUCCCUCUGCCAGUCAAGUCUGCCCUUCUCUUCAACUUUAUGGUCUUAGUAGGUAAGUGACUUGCUUAAGGUCCCAAAGAAGUGUAGUAUCAAAAUAAUUUAACCCAGGUCCUCUGGCUUCUAGGCCAGUUCUCCAUUCACUGUUGUGUGUGCAUCCUUGCCCACAUAGCCACUUGCCUCUGGCAAUAGUAGUAAGCUUAAGAACCUGCAGGCACUUGUAGUCUGGGCUUUAAGCAAGCGUGUCUGCAGGUCCUCAAGUGAUCACAAACCCCAAGAGGGAAGAAACUGAUUAAGCCAGUCCUGGGCUAGUUUGAAUUCCAGUGUAGAGAUUGACAGCCUGGAGCUAAGUGGGUUUGUGCAAUCCUUUAUGCCAACAUUAUUAUUGCAUGUAAUCUUAGAGUGACCAAUACUCCCUAUUGAUCAGACACCAGACCAUCAGAAAGUGGUUCCUGAAAAUUAACCCAGUUUUCCCACAGUGACAAUGAUAGCUUCCCCCCUCCGUUAUGAUACAUUUUUUCAUUUAUCUUUAAAUAGAAUUUGGGGUGGGGAAACUAGGUUUAAUAUUUGCAAUAGUCUUAAUUUCUACAUUCUUUUCAUUAACCUGUCUGUUCCAGAGGGAUCAUGGUUAUACGUUUGCCAAUGUAAUAUGUUAGAAAGGAUUUCCUCUAUGGUCAUGAAUUGUCUUUUCUUGUUUUGAUUAAGAUGUUCAUCUUACAGACCACAGAGCCGAGGACUUUGUUUCCCUGCUUCAUUUCAUUUUUAGCUCUUACUUUCCAGGUAUAAACCCAUAUUGUGAAUCCACUUCUACCUUUGAGUCACUGACAUUUUUUUUUUAAGGUACCACUUCACCUCAAUUGAGAAAGUUAGGUUAAUAGAUCUUCUUUUGGACCACGCUUUUCCCAGCUUCUGCUUUGUGCCUGAGGAAUUUACUGAGGCAAUUCCCACCAGAUCUGGAAGCUCCUUGGUUGGGAUCAUUUCAAGAAUGCCAUCUUAAGGUUUCCUACAACUCUUUCUAAAAUUGAAAAUAAGAAUUUAUUCCCCUUCUUGUGAGCUUUUUUUUUUAAUUGACCUAUGAUUUUUUUUCAACUCUUGGUCAUUUAGGGUUGGUUGAGUAUCCAUUCUGAGCUUUCUCCAAGCUGGUUUUCUACCUCCUGUUCCAUUACCCUUCUUUUAGGGUGCUUUGGCUAUUUUGAAAGUUUCUUCUGCCUGAGAACAAAAGAGAGUAUAAAGAGAUGAGGUGAAACUGACCCUUUUAGUUGAAUAAGUUUCAGCUGUUGGAGUAAAAAUGUCUGGGAGGUUGGGAAAUUGACGCCAUUGACUUAAAUGGAGUGUUUGGAUUGACCAAGGACUGUAAAUGUCCAAACUCCUUUGGCAGAAGUUAGGGUGGGUAAUUGAAUGUUGAUUGCACGUACUCAAGUCAUGAGCCUUAUUAAUGAUACAUAGAGCAUUUCUCUAGUGCUGUUCAGCCAUAAAUGAGUUCCAUUGCAUAUCCUUAUAUUUUAUUAUUUAUGUCUACUUGGUGAGCAAAGCCUGGCUGAUUUGGCCUGGGGCCUAGUGAGCCAGAAUUAAAUCUUAGAAAUUCCUAAUGUGUACUCCUCGCCUCAAAGCCACCGAACACUGCCACUGGGCCCACAAAAGAAUGAUGAGAAAAUGUGUUUUACUUAUUGGAAUUUUUUUUAUUUGUUGUAAACUUGUUUUUUUUUUUAAUUUUUUUUAGUUCUGAAGGAUUAAUAUAGUUAAUUGACUAGCAACAUUUUUUUUUUUUUUAGUGAGGCAAUUGGGGUUAAGUGACUUGCCCAGGGUCACACAGCUAGUAAGUGUUAAGUGUCUGAGGCCGGAUUUGAACUCAGGUACUCCU